AAGCCAUUCAUGAUUUUGGUGACGUUAUUCUAAGAGUGGGCGAGAGGAGGCGGAGCCGCUCUCGGACAAGCCCCGCCCCACUCCUAUAAAUGCGGGUUCCCGGGCUCUUUGUGGGACCCGGAGCUCGGUGGAGAGCGGGAGCUUGGUCUGCACUGCCUACGCCGCUGGCAGCGGGGGAAGGCGGACCGGCGAUUGCCCAGUACCCGCUCUAGGCUGCCCGCUGCUCUGCUCUGCGCCCCUGUCAUCCUCAUUCGGGACGCAGUGACCAUUUUUUUUUAAAUCACAAGGGCGUGGGUCAGCCUCCCCUAGGACUUCAUGUCUGUAUAUUUCCCCAUUCACUGCCCUGACUAUCUGAGAUCGGCUGAUAUGACUGAGGUGAUGGUGAACACCCCAUCCAUGGAAGAGAUUGGCCUCAGCCCCCGGAAGGAUGGACUCUCCUAUCAGAUCUUUCCCGACCCAUCGGACUUUGACCGAUGCUGCAAACUGAAGGACCGGCUGCCCUCCAUCGUGGUGGAACCCACAGAGGGGGAGGUGGAGAGCGGGGAGCUCCGGUGGCCCCCUGAGGAAUUCCUGGUCCAGGAGGAUGAGCAAGACAACUGCGAAGAGACAGGGAAAGAGAAGAAAGAACAGUAGAGUCCCGAGGGCUCACCUGGGUCGUGCGAGCCAGAGUACCUGAACUGUUUUUCCCAUCACGAUGGAAGAAGAGAGUGAGCCACAAUCAUUCUGAAAAAUGUCAAACGAGGCUUCCGUUUUGCACCUGAAAAUCUCCGAGUCGGUUUUCUUUUGUCUUUUUUUUUUUUUUUAAUUCGUUGAGCAAUGGAGCCCUCUGACAACUUGCAAGGCUGAGAAAGGAAGCUGCUGAAAACAGGGGUGUGGGUGGGGGUAUGGGAAAGGGGUGCUGCUCAAGAUCCCUAUCUGAACUCUAGUGCCAGAGGCAGUGUGUGUGUGGUGGUGGGGGUUCUGGCUGAGGGAGGGAGGUGAGCACAUGAGCAAGAAACAUUUUGGGUUAA